UUGGAUUAGUUAGCAAUUUCUUAUCCAUUACCAUAUAUUGUAGCUGUCAUAUGCCAUUAUUAUUCACAUAGUUUACAUUCCUUUCCUUUCCGAAUCAAAGUUUUGUUUUUAUAUUCAAUUACGUCGUUAAUGUUAGCAAAUAAUAUAGAAGAGGAAUCAGAGGUGAACAUAGUAGAGAAGAUGGAUCGAAUCUCAGAGUUGCCAGAAUGUAUAAUCCACCACAUCUACUCAUUCCUACCCACAAAAGAUAUGGCUAAAACCGCUCUUUUAUCCAAGAGCUGGAGAUCAAAGAGGGCUUCAUAUCCCAACCUGGAUUUUGAUCAAUCUUUGUUCGGUGAAGAGCUAGAAAUUCCUGGAAUGCAUAGAAGGAACGCGAAAGAGAAUAAUGAACAGAACAGUGUAAGAAAACUGAGGAAGAAGUUCAUUCAAUUUGUGGAUGGCACCAUGCAGAGAUUCUGUGAUCAGGAUUUAUAUAUACAGAAAUUCAAGCUCCAUAUGAAGAUCCGUCAAUCUCACCAUGCUUAUUUGGUCCAGGAGUGGAUACGUUUAGCCAUAAAACGACGUGUCAGAGAGGUAAGUAUCCAUAUACUGAUGCCAGUGUUUAUGGCACUCCUUUUACCUCGAGAAAUCUUUGCUUGCAAAUCAAUAACAGUUCUGAAGCUAUCCUGUUGUGACUUGAGGGCAAUCUCAUUCAGAGACACAAGUGCGGUUAUGUUGCCCUGUCUGCUUAAGUUGUCUCUCAAGCAUGUUUCUGUAGGUGAAUUCACUGUCCAAUAUUUUUUAUUGGGCUGUCCCUCGAUUGUGCACUUGAGUUUCAAGAACUGCAAGGGAUUCUUCACUAAUCUUUAUAUUCCAGGACCGAAAAGUUUAAAGAUACUGAAGUUAAUAGUGGUGAAAAGGGAAUUUAAACAACUCGAGAGAGUUGAUAUUGAAGCACCAACUCUUGAAAGAUUAACUAUUCAUGGUGAUUCAGUGAUGACCAAAGUAGCUAAGAGUCGAGAACUGAAAUCUUUAACCAUAAAAGGGGGAGAUAUGGUUACUGAUCAGUUGUUCCGUGAACUGAUUUCUGAACAUCCCCUUCUUGAAACCUUAGACCUGGAUAGUUGCAAAAGGUUAGAAAGGAUAAAUAUUUCAAGUCGUCGUCUCAAAAGCUUGAAAAUAAGAAAUUGUCGGUAUCUGGAGCAUUGUGAAAUUGUUACUCCAAAUUUACUCUCUUUUGAAUUUGACGGGAAACUGAGUGCCUUCUGCAGUGGCUUCAUCAGUGCCCCAUGUCAGUGGAAAGUGAAACUUGAAUUAGAUUUUGACACCUUAUGGUUGUCUGAUUUGGAGUUUCUUAUAAAGGAAAACAGAAUUAAACAUCUGACAUUGUCAAUCUCUUCUGACGAGAUCUCAUCAUAUUAUAGUGGGCACAAGGUCAAUCCACUGGUAAUCUCUCCAUGUUGCGAGGUGGAACACUUGAGUUUAAGAACAGAUGUAUCACGGUCAAGUUACAGAGCUAUUGUAGAAAGCCUAUUUUCCAUUUGCCAACCUAAGAUUCUGUCUGUAGCAUUCAGAAUGAAGUCCACAAACAAAUUCAUUAAGUUUUUAUAUGAGAACCUCAUGGACAUCAAGAACCCAAAAUGCUGCAGAGCUAGAAAACAAAAAUGUUGGAGACACUAUUUAAAGGAUGUGAAGAUUGAGAGAGUUGAAAGUGACAAAAAAGAGAAGCCGCAAUGCUUGGCUUGCUUAGAAAAGAUGCCUCUUGAAUGGGUUACUCUAUUGAAUCCUCAGCCAAAACUUGGAGGCGGCCUUGUAUAUUUUGCUUUAAAUUGGAGAGACUUGCCUAGUGUUAAUCAUGAAUAGCAAGCUUUCAAGAGGAGGGGGGCUUUUUCAGAUUGUCUAUUUCGAAUGAUAUUUAUGAUAUUCUUUUGUUAAUGUUGGGGAUGA